CUUGAAUAUAUCAACACAAUUAUUUACGGCCCCGCAGCGCUCUUUGUCAAAUCCGCCUUACUCCUUAUGGUCGCUCGAGUCUUUGCACCUCAUCGACACAGGAUUCGCUUUAUCUAUGGGUUUAUACUAUGCCUCUUCUGCUAUUACAUUGCUGUCCUUAUCGCAAAAGCUGUAGUUUGCACCCCUGUAUCUUCAUACUGGGAGAGCCCACCAAACGCUGCGGGAAAAUGCAUCAAUCAGAGGGCUCUUUUCAUAACGGAUUGUGUUGUGGGCCUGGUGACAGAUGCUACCAUUCUCGUCCUACCGCUUCCGUUGGUAUGGAUAUUGCAUAUGUCUAGGGGAAAAAAAAUAAGGAUAAUUGCUCUCCUUGGUGCUGGUGGCGUUGCUACUCUCUUCAGCUUAUAUCGUCUAGUCAUACUAUUUGAGCCGGCAUCGCAGGAUCCAACCCGACUUUUUGUACGACUAGCUAUGACCGGGUCCGCCGAAAUUGCUACUGGAUUAAUAUGUUCGUGCCUGCCUGGGGCAAACAUGUUCAUGACGAAGAUAAUAGAAAAGGGAUUCAAGUGGCGGAGAGAUUCCAAUAGCUACCAGAAUAGCACACACAUCCAGAAUACGACACCUGGCCAUUCAUUACCAUCCCGCCCGGAGAUGGUGAGAUUGUCGUCCUUGGGAACAGAAGGAUUCGAAUUUGAGCCUUGCCCACUGACUACUGUUGUAUCUGGGCCACCAAGCAGAAGGCUCUCAGGCUCUCAGGAGAUAUUAACGGACGACAGUGAACAGCAAGUUAUUUCUGGAAUCCAGGUCAAUCUCACAAUGGUACAAACAAUAGUAAACCUGCAGGAGACAGGUAAAUAA